AUGAGAAGACCCUCGUCUCAAUUUACAAAAUGCACAAAUUGUGGCCGAAUAGGUCAUCAAAAUUUUGAAUGCCGCUCUUCCCGUUUCGUACAACCAAAUCAAUCUUUUUCUAGGCCUAACGGUUAUCAAAACCAAUAUAAUAAUGGACCUAACAACUAUCAAAACAAUCAAAACCCUAAUAGGAAUCAAUAUUCCUCCAACAAUCCAAAUUUCAACCAACAGAGACCUUCCUUUUCAUCUCAAAAUCAAAAUCAAAAUCGUCCAUCCGUUAUUCAAAGAAACCCAAAUUUUCAAAGGGCACAUGUUUUAAAUGAAUACCCUGACAAAAUGACUUAUUACGCAGACGAUUACUAUACAGAUAAUUAUUAUAAUACCGAUAACUAUGAAAACUAUGAAACAGAUUAUUAUACAGAGAAUAAUCUACAAACCGAUAACUUUUACGAAACCACAACUAACACACUCGACACAGAAAAUUAUCAGGAUUUUCUUUCACUUCAGAAUCAAAAUCAUCCUCCCAACCAUACGAACCAUUCAACGGAUAUUACGAAUAUCCAAGAACAAAUCCAAGCACUCAACUUGGACAAUUUUCAUCCGGAUCUCAAUUUUCCCGAACAAAGGUUCCUGUAA